AUGUUUAUGGACUUGUCUCAUCAUGAGAUUUUAAAACUGGACGAAUGGUUAGACCGAGCUCUAGCGCCACUUGUUGGCGAAGAUGGUGUUAGAGAUCUUAUUAAGGGAUAUAUUAUAAAGGCACUAGAAACAUGUGAGAUUUCCGCUGGUAGCAAGCGUGACUUUGUAGUGUUGAUGAGGGGACUUUUAGAAGGUGUGGUGGAUGAUGACAAUUUUGCGGAACGGUUAUACCUAGUUUUAUUACGGAAGAGUUAUAUGGUGCAGAGCGAGUCCUCGAAGACGGUCGAAGUAGCCAAUAUUCCGCUGGAGAAGUUGGUUUGGGAGACGAUAUUUGAGGAGUUUGCGCCUUUUGGGAAGAUUUUAAGAUCCAAGGUUGACCAUGAUCGCCGGCAUGCGUUGAUACAGUACGACAAUGCAUCUAGUGCAGUGCGUUGUUGUGCGGUAGACAGGGCAUUCUUUGGAAAUCGGUUUGUUUCGGUCUCGAUAUACGCAGGGCUGUGGGAGGAGUUCCCUGGCACUGUGUAUGUCGAUGAGUAUGGGCCGGAGGCGAUCUCUAGAGAACGUCUUCAGCGGAAAGAGGAGCAGCUUCGUGAGUACGAAUCUCGGUUAAGCGUUCUGUUAGAGAAUCUAAGACAUGCUGCCAGCACCAAAGAUUACCUUCAUCAUGCAGAGAAGUUCUUGAAGAUCAAGGAAGAAAUGGCUGAACAGAAAGUGUCACCAGAAGACAUGAUCCGAGAGAAGCUGGAGCUUAUGAUUCUGGAAGACCCUAAGCGUUCUGUGGAUGUUAUCAUUUCACCUUUCAAGCCGACUCGUAAGGCUAGAAUGCUGCGGCGGCCGAUUAGAAUGUCUGGUCACCACCCAAUCUUUAUUCCACGUCGCCCGCUGGGUUGUCGAAAACCUAUACACCUAGUGAGAGGUUCGAGACACGGACCCCGUAUAAGAACUCGCGUGCCCGUCAGCCGACGCAUAAUUCGACAAAAGUAA